GGGCCGGCGCGCCUCAGCGAGGACAGAGGACGUUAGCCCGCGCGGCACGACGCGCGACUCGUGGCAGUGCAGUUAUGUGUAUGUGAUGUGAACAAGUUUUUAUCGGAUUAUACGAGCACUAUGAGCGAAACGGCGCUAAAGGAGGAUCCCCUCACGAGGAUCCAGAGGGAGAUAAUAGAAGUCACGGAGAGGGAGAGGGAGUUCAAGGAGGGACACUUCCGGGUGAACCGGCUCAUGUCGGAGUCCACCAUCGAGGUCAGCAAACAGAACGGACACGUUAAUGGAACCGACAAGCAGAAGCUGAACCGGGCCGUGUCCACCUCCCACCUGCUGGGCCCCUCGCCCCCCGCACCUCCCGCGACCAACGGCUACACGCGCCGCUUCACCCCGCAGAACGGCACCAAGGGCAUCAUGCAGCGGUUCAUCGCCAACAAGGGCAGGCUGCCCGCCGCCCCCACGCCGCCCACGCCGCCCGCGGCCAUCGCGCCGCCUCUGGUCUUCCCACCCGUCAUCUCGCCCAUCGUGAUCGCGCCCGCCGAGAUCACCCGGACGCCCGAUGGCAAGCCGGUUCGGAAGGGCUAUGUCCCCGUCGAAGAGAAGAUCCAGCGGGAGCUCCAGGAGAUGAAAAACCGCGAGCACGAGCUCCGGCGGAUGAGGCGGCAGCAGCGGCCCUUCGACAUCGACUUGACGGACAGCGACAGCGGCGCGGAGUCCGAGGAGGACAUCCCGCCGCCGGGCCGGCUCAAGGCCACCAAGUCCAUCGGCGAGCUGUACGAGGCGCUCGGCGAGGAGCUGCGGUCGCCGUCGCCGCGGAACAGCUCCGGCCACGAGUCGCUCGGCAGCCUCAAGCCGGCCAAGUCGCUGGCCGAGCUGUGCGAGCUGGCGCCGGGCCAGGAGUUCCUCGCGCCCAGCUCCACGCGCCUCAUCGCGCAGUGGGAAUCCAUGAUCCAGCAGAAGCAGGAGGCCGGCGCGGCCUAGCGCGGGCCGCGGUCGCGUUGGGAGUGCGAGUCGUCGCGUGUGAGUAGUCGGUGCGGACGCGUCGAUCCUCGCGUGUGUCCGCGGCGAGCUCGGCGGGCCGCGCGGGCCGCCGGCGAUAAUUAAAUUUGAGCGGGAGCCGUUUUCUCGGCCGAUCGAAUGUGGAGCGAUAAAUUUUCUCCCGAUCGCGAACAAUGCAAAUGAUGGUUAUCGGCGCAAUUACGUUUAGAAAGCCGAUACCGCGCGAUAAGGUUUCUUCCUAUUGUUCGUUCCGAAGAAAAACCGGCGCGUUUUUGCCGGCGCUUUCCACGUUGUCACAUGUAGUGGGUUCCCGCCGCACUCGCCAACGGCGCGCCCCGCGGCUGUGGGAACCGCGUCGUUUACUGUUGCGUUAAUUGCUCCGCGCGUUUCCCCCGGCCCCCGCUCGCCGCGGUAUGUUUUCGACUGAAAUUCGUUAAGCAGCACGACCAGGAAAAUGUGAACUUGUCUGCAAAAUUUAUUGAACACUGAACAGUCUUAAAAUAUUCAUUUUAGAACUUCAACUUUGAGAUUCAACCGACGACGAGCUAAACAGUUUAUCUCGUGUUCCCAAAAUGUUCAUCCCUAAUACGUUACAUUGUUUUAAGAAUGAGGGUUGAAAACCCAAGUGCGUAACAGAAAAUAACUAUUCGUUCGUGUAAAAAAAUGAAUCAUCCUCAGGUAUUUUCCUGGUCAGGCUUUAGUGUGUAAGUGUGAGCGCGGCCCCGCGAUACAAACGACAGUACAAUUCGUCCGUUCACUAUUGUAGCAUAAUAUUAUAAUAAUUUCCCGGUAAUGAGCCUGUGUCGCCUGACGCCUCGUACCGCCAGUCGCAGAUUAGCACUUUCACAACGAGAAUGUUAGGUGGAAGCCGACGUACGACUGGACAAUUUGCAGCAUGGUUUGAACACUACAAUUAUUGCGGUUUCACCCCCUAAAAUUUCAACUCACGUCCGAAAAUGUUUGUAAAAAAUAAGGCGUCCAUGUCGGUUAAAAAUAUAAAGACUAGACAGUAGACAAUGAUAAGUGAUAAGCAAAUUAAAUAUUUUUGAGUAGGACCUAAAAAUCUGCCCUGCGCACCGCCGCUAUUAUAGUCGAUGGUUGAAAAUUGAGGGGUUGAAACUUCGGUUGAAAUCGGAAUAAUCUAUGUGAUGGCUUACGUGAGUUGCGUAUCAGGGGACCAUGCUGAAAAUUAAUCAGUUUUUAUCUAAUUUGGGCUUCUACUAGUUGUUAGAAGCUGGCCUUCGUCUGUUGUAUAUAUUUCGGCAAAGUUUAACUUGUAAGUAGGAGAUGCUAUUAGUCAGUCCGCUCCCGGGGUGGAAGUUUCUACAGAAUUAUGUACUUAAAGAAAAUGGAUUUAUAAAUUAUUAGUAUUUGUAAGUAUGUGCCUUAUAAUGAAUACAAAAUAUUUAUAUUCUGCACAACGGAUAGAGUAAUUGCAUAAUACCUAAUGUUAAGAUAGAACCGAUGAUUUUUAACUUUUUGUACCGAUUGUCAUUUUGUAUUUUGAUGAUUUGUUUUCAUAUGUUUUGUAAUAAUAGUGUUAUGCCAAAAUUAUUUAAGUAACUUGCCUCGCUAUGUAUAAUUAUUUUUGUAUUUUAUCAUGAUGUUUUCGAAAGAUUGUUCUAAUAUUUUAUAUUUACGUCUAGGAUAUUAAAAUUUGAUGAGAAAAUAUU